GGUUCAGCAACUUUUUUCUAUCUUUCAACAUGGAUUUUUAGUGUCUGCAUUUUACCGCUUUAUUCAACAGAUAUUGGGUUACAGAGAUGCAUGUGGAUGGCUUUCGCUUUGAUCUUGCAUCUAUACUGACCAGGAGUAGCAGUCUUUGGGAUGCAGUUAAUGUAUAUGGGAACCCAAUAGAGAGUGACUUGUUGACAACAGGCACUCCCCUGAGUAGCCCCCCCUUAAUUGAUAUGAUCAGUAAUGAUCCGAUCCUUUGUGGAGUGAAGCUUAUUGCUGAAGCAUGGGAUACUGGUGGGCUUUACCAAGUUGGUACAUUUCCACACUGGGGUAUUUGGUCAGAAUGGAAUGGGAAGUAUCGAGAUAUAGUUCGACAGUUCAUCAAAGGUACAGAUGGAUUUUCCGGGGCUUUUGCUGAAUGUCUUUGUGGUAGCCCAAAUCUAUACCAGGGAGGAGGAAGGAAACCUUGGAAUAGUAUCAACUUUGUAUGUGCACAUGAUGGAUUUACUUUGGCUGAUCUCGUUACAUACAACAAUAAACAUAACUUGGCAAACGGGGAAGACAACAAUGACGGAGAGAAUCACAACAAUAGCUGGAACUGCGGACAAGAGGGAGAGUUUGUGAGCCUUCCGGUCAAAAGACUGAGGAAAAGACAAAUGCGGAAUUUCUUCCUCUGCCUUAUGGUUUCCCAAGGUGUGCCAAUGAUUUACAUGGGUGAUGAGUACGGUCACACAAAGGGAGGCAACAACAAUACAUAUUGCCACGAUAACUAUAUUAACUAUUUCCAUUGGGAUAAGAAGGAAGAGUACUCGUCCGACUUUUUCAGGUUUUGCUGUCUCAUGACAAAGUUUAGGCGUGAAUGUGAAUCCCUAGGUUUAAAUGACUUUCUGACAGCAGAGCGACUGCAGUGGCAUGGACACAUACCUGGGAUGCCAGACUGGUCGGAAACGAGCCGAUUUGUAGCCUUUUCCUUAAUCGAUUCAGUGCAUAGAGAGAUUUAUGUUGCAUUCAACACUAGCCAUUUAGCUGUCAUUGUUACUCUACCAGAAAGGUCUGGUUACAGAUGGGAACCCCUGGUUGACACUAGCAAGCCAUCACCAUUUGACUUCCUCUCAGACAAUGUGUCAGAAAGAGAUGCAGCAAUCAAACAAUAUGCCAACUUCCUUGAUUCCAACUCAUACCCAAUGCUUAGUUAUUCAUCCAUCAUCCUGAUGCUUUCUCCGGAUGAUCAGGCUUAGCUCAUAUCCCACUUCUGCUACUAAGUCCCCCAGAGAUAUAUUUAUACGCUCAUCUUUCUCUGCCAGUAAUUCGUCUUAGUAGACAACCCUGCAAGCACUGCAAGAGGCUUCUGUGAUUCACAGAACAUGGCUGGAUAAUGUAAUUGCUAAGCAAUCUGCAUGGAAAGGGAAUGAAGAAGUUUAAUCUCAUGUUGAAAUUAGAAACAUCAAUAAGGAUUUUGGGAUGUGAUUGAAAAUGUAAUUACUACAGAUUUGUAUGAAAGGUUAGAAAGAAAAGGGAAAAGAGAUAUUUUAAUUUGAGACUUGUGUUACAGUUGAGGGGUUUAAUGGAAUAGCCCAAGGAGUUCUUUAGCUUUAAGUGCUAGGGGAGACGAAUCAGUUCAUCAAAAGAAUUCAAUCGAACUAUUUGUUUGCUUGGUCUAAAACAAUAUGAAGUACAAGAUGAAAAUGCAACUUGACGAUUCUGAA